CUGAGCCUAUCCGUACCAGUUUUCACUGGGCAUCAGGCUUCAGGACACCGACUCAGGCCCAGCUGUCACUGUCAUGCUGCAAACAUCAAACAAGUCCUAUACAAGGCCUCAUUGUACACUGCGCUGCUUUGAGAUGACACCCACUAGUAAGAUACAAAUAGUGAACAGGAUGCAUACGAUGCACCUAUCCCACGAUGCGCUUCAAACUAGUAUUUUUCUGCAUCUUCCUCUACAUCGUUGGAGGGAUCCAAGCUGCACCUACAACAAAUACAACAAAUACAACAAAUACUACCACUAGCGACAGUUUUAAAGCCCCAUCAUUCACGACCAGAACCUUAUGGACCAUCAUCUCCAGCUCUGUUCUCACUCUUUUUGCAUGUAUAUACAGUGCCAUCCACCCUAAUAUCCCGAGUCCGAAGGACAUCAGUCCCUUUCUUAUCAUACGGCGACAACUUGGCAUGAUGAUAAUGGCACUCAUCGCUCCUGAAAUGAUUGUCACAUGGGCUAUGCGCCAGUUGUUUAGCGCUCAUCAAACGCAUAGCUUCUUUGCGCUCAUGGGUGGUUUCAUGCUUUAUGUGGACGGAGAACCCUACCUUACACUACGUCCUGAAUACAUUCUCAAACUGAUACGUGACGAGUGUAUCGACGUCCCUACUAUAACAGCAAACCAGAUCCAUGACAAGAGCAAAGGCAAUGCGAUAUCGAAAGGAUUGGUCAUGCUUCAGGUGGCCUGGUUUGUUAUGCAACUCAUCACCCGCGCCGUCUAUCACCUCAAAACCACUCAGCUCGAAGUGGGGACACUCGCUUUUGCGGUCCUCAGUUUCCUAACUUAUGCUAUGUGGUGGGACAAGCCUCUCAAUGUGCGAUGUCCACAUCCAGUGUACUGGAAGUCAGCUGAGUCAAGGCCAGAGGAUCACAUUGAAGAUGAAUUUGCUCACCUUCGACUCUUGCCUCGAUCCUUCCGCCCCGUUCUAGAACUGAUAGGCUGGGUUGACAUCCCCACGUCUCGAAAGCUUCGAGUUCCAACAUUUGAUGGCAGCAUCACUAUUGAAGAUUCAAACAAGAAGGUUCUUCGGCUCGCUGCCGUGCUUAUGGCAACCAUAUUUGGCGGCAUCCAUUGUAUGGCUUGGUUCUUUACCUUCCCCACACACCAGGAACAGGUGCUAUGGAAAAUAAGUGCUAUCGCUAUCACUUGCACACCCUGGAUUUGUUUGAGUCUCUACUUAGACUCUUUAGUACGGCGCUUUUCCGAUUCAUCACGUCGCAUCAUGUGGGGUGUAUAUGGUCUGAUUUGUUGUACAUUCGUCGUGUUGUACAUCACAACCCGUGCCGUCCUCUUGGUACUUAUGUUCACCACUUUGCGUAAUCUUCCUCCUGACGCAUACAAGUCGGUGCUGUGGACCAGUUUGGUGCCACACUUGUAG